GGACAUGGAUUGUUGUUGUUACCAGCAGAGGGGGCAGGAGACGAUGUGACGAGCAGCCCCCCCUCUGUACUCAACAGUACUGCAACACGUAGUACUUCAUUUCUCAAAUUCUCGUCGAAAUAAAACAUAUUGUUUUACACGUAUUUUUGUUGGUAUUUAUUUCAUUCCACAUUCGACACCGACGAGGUCUUCCGCGACAGGGAUCGCCCUGAUUUUAGCCAACAACAACAGAGCUUUGCAUACAGAUUUCCAUAUAUUCCAUUUCGACGGGCGGAGGAGUCCGACCGGGGGACGUAGGUCAUUUAGAUUCGUCCGGUCACUUGACUCCCCUCAUUUCCAAAGAAUCACGAUCCCAUCUUCAGGCGGCCAGGAACUUCCCUCACAGAGGAGACGAGGCGAUGGCGAUAAAGUGAGUUACUGCAUAUUUGAUUACUCCGUUGUCAGUCCGAAGCCAUGUGGAAAGUAUCCAGGAGUUUUUCGAUCGCUGUAAGUUGUACCCCGAUUUUGGUUUGUAUUUCUCUGAAGCACACAUUUAACCCGACGAAUGAGUCUUCGGGUCGGGAUCCGUGGCCGCCGAGUUCACGCAGAAACUUGGUCAGUGAUUGAUUGUGAUCCUCUGUUCAAGGGUAGAUUGUGUUGCUUUCCCAAGGAUCCGCUGGAUGAUGUCGAGACUUGGAGUGAAUCUGUGGACAAACUCCUCAGCUGCAAAGCCGGACAGAUAGCUUUUCGGGAGUUCCUGAAGUCGGAGUACAGUGAGGAGAACAUUUUGUUUUGGCUGGCCUGUGAGGAGUACAAAAAAAUCAAGACGGACCCGGAGAUGAUUUCAUCCGCCAACAGGAUUUACUCAGAGUUCGUCCAAACAGAAGCUCCCAGACAGAUCAACAUAGAUUGUAAUACCAGGGAAAACAUAUCCAAGAAUAUCUCCAAGCCUACCCUGACUAUGUUCGAGUCUGCACAGAAGCUCGUCUACAGUCUGAUGGCCCGGGACUGCUAUCCACGCUUCCUAAAAUCAGACAUUUAUCAGGGACUCCUGAGGAGAACAGAUUCAAGGUGACUUUCUUUUUCCAAAAAGUUGACCGUGGAAUCCUGUCCCCCCCAACC